CUUUUGUUUUGAUCAUAUUAAAUCAUCAAGCAUCUGAUUUUCUAUUUGAUAUAUUCUGAUUCCAUAUAAGAAAAACUUUGAGAGAGAUAAAACAAUCAAAUUAUCAUGUCGGCCUAUAGUGCUGGAUCUCCUAAACAGGAAAUGCCUCCACCCGGAGGCUAUGAAGAGAUCAAUUUUCGUCGAAUACCUGCUCAACGUAUCUUUGGAUACAAAGCAUUUUUCAUUGGUAGUACUAUGCUAUCCGUUUAUGCUAUUUUCUACUAUAAUCGCCGAAAACGUCAUCUUCAUCAAUUGAAUGCCGAAUAUAAUGAUCAUGUUAUUGCUGUCGAACCAUUGGCUAGAGCCGAAAUUGAUCGAGCAUUUUUGCGUCAACUUCGACAUAAUCGUAAUGUUGAACGUGAUCUAAUGAAAAACGUACCAGAUUGGGAAGUUGGAACAUUAUGGGGUGGUAAAGUGUUUAAAACCAUACCGGAUAAUGCAUUACCGAAUGUUGCAAUGCAAGAAUUUUAUGGACAUCGUUCGCUGAAAGAUAUGCGUGAAUUUACCAAACCAAAUCGUGAUGUUGGUCUUGAAGAUAAUACAAUCAAUUCAUUUAGUUAAACAUGUGUAGAUGUGAAGGUGUUAAUUAAAAUUAAUGAGCGAAUCAUAUAGAGAAUUGUAAUUGUAAUUAAUUCACAUUUGAAUAAUAAUAAAAAAAAA